AUGAGGACACUCGCUCUUAUAUCGCUCUCCUGCGCUCUGAAUGCCUUGGCGCAGACCAGCGGCUCUUCCUCCUCGACAUCCAAGUCCGGUGGAGCGUCUACGACUGUCAGCGGCGCGUCCGCGUCCGCGUCCACGGCGUCUACGAUCGGCACUUCGGUGUUUUCGUCCGUCUCCUCCGUUCAUGCCAGCAAUGGUACAACCUCGACGUUCCCCACUUCCACUGCGUCGUGUCCAUCUGUGAUCCCGGACUUUGCCCCAGCUUGGACUUCUGCCUACGCGAAGGCAAAAAAAUUGGUUUCGAAUUUCACCCUAGAAGAGAAGGUCUCUCUUUCAACUGGAACUGGAUGGGGAAAUGGCCUCUGCGUUGGUAACAUCGGCGCUGUCAAGAACUUCCCUGGCCUCUGCUUACAGGAUGGUCCGCUUGGUGUGCGGAGCGCAGACUACACCACGGCUUUCCCUGCCGGUAUCAAUGCUGCCGCUACAUGGAAUCGUACACUGAUUCGCCAGCGUGGUCUCGCUAUGGGUGAAGAGUUCAGAGGCAAAGGUAUCAAUGUUGCUCUCGGUCCUAUGAUGAACCUGGGCCGUAUCUCUCAAGGCGGGCGCAACUGGGAAGGGUUUGGCGCGGACCCAUACCUUAGCGGCGAAGCGGCAUAUGAGACCAUUCUGGGUCUGCAGUCGACUGGCGUACAAGCCUGCGCGAAGCAUUACAUCAACAACGAACAAGAGAAUAUGCGAACGCAAGAAAGCUCGAACGUCGAUGAUAGGGCUCAGCACGAGCUGUAUGCAGCGCCAUUCCUUCGCAGUGUCAUGGCAGGAGUUGCGAGUGUCAUGUGCAGCUAUAACCUCGUCAAUGGCACGUACGCCUGCGAGAACGACUACACCCUCAACCACAUACUCAAGGAAGAAUUCGGCUUCCAGGGCUACGUCAUGUCUGACUGGGGAGGAACCCACUCGACGAUCGCUGCCAUUGCCGGCCUAGAUAUGGACAUGCCAGGCGAUCUCAACUUUGACGGCCUCAACAACUCAUACUUUGGCGCCAAUUUGACGGCAUACGUUCAGAACAACACGAUUCCUGAAUCGCGUCUGGAUGAUAUGGCGACCCGGAUCCUGGCCGCAUGGUAUCUGCUCGAGCAAGACUCUGAUUUCCCGGCAGUCAACUUCAACUCUUUCAACCCUGAUGAUGAAGCGACGAACCAGCACAUUGACGUGCAGGGUGACCACGCUGAAAUCGUGCGCACUAUCGGUGCGGCGAGCACAGUGCUGUUGAAGAACACGAAGAAAGCACUGCCAUUGAAGAAACCUCGCAGCAUGGUGUUAGUUGGUACGGACGCAGGUCCUGGUGUUGGCUUGGGGCCAAACACUUUCGCCUACCAGGGCGGUGUUAACGGCGUCCUAGGUGUAGGCUGGGGGUCAGGGUCUGCGAACUUUUCGUACCUCGUAUCUCCACUUGAGGCCAUCCAAGGUCGCGCACGCAAAGACCACACGACUCUGUCGUGGUUCUUGAACGACUGGGAUUUGGAAGGCGCAAGUAACGCUGCCGCCUUGAAAGACGUAGCUAUCGUGUUCAUUCAGUCUGAUUCUGGCGAAAACAUCGCCGCUGUAGACGGAAAUGUCGGUGACAGGAACAAUAUUACAGCUUGGAACAAUGGCGACGAGCUCGUCCUGGCUGUCGCCGCGCAGAACAAGAACACCAUCGUCGUGACGCAUUCAGUCGGACCUCUGAUUGUUGAGCCUUGGAUCAAUCACCCCAACAUCACCGCCGUCGUGUGGGCCGGCCUCUCUGCUACCGAGACGGGCAAUGCCCUCGCCGAUGUACUCUAUGGCGACUGGAAUCCGACUGGUCGCCUUCCCUAUACCAUCGCCAAGCGCGCAGAGGACUACCCCGCGCAACUUGUCACCGGCGGGAGCGGGAGCGAUAUUCUGAGCAUCCCAUACACUGAGGGGCUGUUCAUAGAUUACAGGCAUUUCGACGCUAAAAACAUCACACCGAGAUACGAAUUCGGCUUCGGACUCAGCUACACGAAGUUCAAGUACUCUAACAUCGAUGUGAAGAAGAUCGACAGCAGCCAUGACCAAAACGCAGACCUCGAAGCGAACUGGGCAAAGAGCAAACCGGGCCCUCGCGGAGUCGGCUCCUCGACCGCGCUCUGGCUCCACCGCCCUGCGUACAACGUAUCGUUCACCAUCCAGAACGUCGGUGAUGUCUACGGUGGCGAGAUUCCCCAGCUGUACGUCAACCACCCGGCCUCGGCGGCUGAGCCUCCGUCCGUCCUACGUGGCUUCACCCACGUCGAGCUCAACCCGGGCGAGAAGAAGCAUGUCUUCCUCACGCUCUCGCGAUACGACCUGUCCAUCUGGGACGUCGUGGCACAGUCAUGGCGCCGCCCUCAGGGCACGAUAAAACUCACAAUCGGCGCGAGCAGUCGGGACGGAAGGUUGUCCGGGACGAUCAGCGCAUGA